AUGACUGUUACAGCAAUCAAUAUCGAAGAAGUAAAGGCGUCUGUGGAUGCUUCCCUCAAGGCACUUGAAAAGGAGUUGCGAGCACUCAACCAUCAGAUUUGGUCCCAUCCCGAGCUUGCAUAUGAGGAACACCUUGCCCACAAUGCAAUCUGUGAUUUCCUCGAGUCUCAGGGCUUCUCAGUCACUCGGCACGCGUAUGGCCUGGAUACCUCCUUUGAGGUGCUGAGUGGAUCUGGUGGACGGUUAAUCAACUUCAACGCAGAAUACGAUGCUUUACCGGAUAUUGGUCAUGCGUGCGGUCAUAACCUGAUUUCAACAAGCAGUAUUGCUGCUUUCCUUGCUCUUUCAUUCGUAUUGAAGAAAUACGGGAUCCCUGGUCGAGCUCAGCUGCUCGGCACACCCGCUGAGGAGAAUGGAGGUGGAAAGGCUAAGUUGAUCGAUGCUGGGGCUUACAAGGGAGUAGACAUCUCACUCAUGGCGUAA